ACACACAACGUCUCUUUUUCCCGAUCUCGCGUCCUUUGUGUUUACUGUCCCGCUAUAAUUUUGUUUUUAUCCGGAAAUCUGCUUUUCUCCAGUCGCCAACAUGCCUCGUGGAAAGAAGAGACUGCCAGGAGAAGAAGGAGAUAGUAAGCCGAGGAAAAUUAAGAAACCCAAGCUGAAGCAAGUUCGUCCAGCAGCUGAAAAUCAACAACCGAGAGAGACAAUCAAAUUGAAGGAUUCUCCCUUUGUGGGUACCCUUCUUUUCAGUGGAGGCACAAACUGGGACCUGAUCGGCAGAAACAAAUUGCCCAAAGCAGCUGCAAGCAGACCAAUCAUUGGUGGACGUAACCUGUGGGGUCCGCAUCGACUCUCUGCUCUUGACGGGAUCCGGGUCCGUAAUGUCCAUUCUGGACCAAGCUCUUGCCACAGUGUUAUCAUCACAGAGGAAGGGAAAGCCAUGACAUGGGGUCGUAAUGACAGGGAACAACUCGGUCAUGGCGAUGACUACAGGAGGGAUGCCCCUACGCUGGUUGAAGAACUCAAGGAUCAUCACAUUGUUACUGCCUCGUGUGGACGCAACCACACAAUGUGUUUAACAGAUGAGGGCACAGUGUUUUCGUUUGGUGAUAACAGAAUGGGCCAGUGUGGAAUCGGUGUUCAAAGCUCCACUGUAGGGACACCAUGUAAGCCAAACUACUAUGGAUCCCCUAUUGUCAAGGUAGCCUGUGGAGCAGACUUCAGUAUGAUCCUGGAUUGUAAAGGGGUUAUCCACUCAUUCGGUAGCCAGGAAUACAGCCAAUUAGGUCACAAUACGAAUGGGCAAUACAGCGUAACGGCCACCAAGCUUUCUUCAGAAUGUGUCUCAACUCCCAAGAAAAUCACAUGUUUCUUAGAAAAGGGACGGGAAGGAACCAAACACCUCGAAGGCACAGUCAUCAAAGAUAUCGCAUGUGGGAACAACCACUCGAUUGCUAUCGACAUGCAGAACAGAGUGUUCACAUGGGGUUUUGGCGGAUACGGUCGCCUAGGACACCAGAAGCCUGAGGAUGAACCAGUCCCAAGGAGCGUCAAGUUCUUUGACACAAAGGGAGUGGCAAAAAUCAAUGCAGGAUCAAGCUACUGCAUGGUGAUUACAGAACAAGGUCAGUUGUUCUUCUGGGGUCAAGCCAAGACCUCGGGGGAAGCCACCAUGUAUCCCAAACCUGUCUUUGACCUUUGUGGCUGGAACGUCAGGAGCAUGGGUUGCAGCAAUCAUUCCAUCGUCGUCGCCGCCGAUGAUGCCGUCAUCAGCUGGGGCCCAUUUCCGACGUACGGCGAGCUCGCCUACGGAGAGGGCGAAUCCAGAUCCUCGACGACCGCCAAAAAAUCACGGCCACUUGAAAACGUCUACAUCCACCAGCUUACUUGUGGAUCAGGCCACUCCCUCUUCAUCGCUCGUGACGAAACCGAAACAGACAAAGAAGAGCUGGCGAAGCUUCCGGUAUUCACACCGGGAAGUUAAGAAACCGAAGACCACACAACAUUCGUGCAAGAGGUGUGAAUGAUAGAGGUUCUGUUUUAGUUUUUUGUUUCUUGUUUUUGUUUGUCCGUUUUUGUAUCAAGUGAAGAAUAAUUGUUUACCAUCACAGGAAACCAGGGUUUGAAUAUCAGAGAUUGCCUUAGAAUUUAUAUAGUACAACUCGUUGAGAUGUCGAUGUUAUGAAUCCAUUUUACAAUACCGUUUCUAAUUGCCAUUGGUUGCUUCAAUAAAGGAGACUCGCCUAGCAUUUUGUCUAUUUGAUUUAUCUCACACGAAUGCUAUCCAUCACAUAGCUCUAGAUCUGUUUCAUAUUUGAGAAGUCAUUGAAAUGUAGUCCCCACUAUUUCAUCUUUCAUUGAACUUCUCAGAAGAUGCAAUGAAUAAAAUUGCAGUGAAAACUACUCAGUAAUACGUAAUAAACAGUAACGGCUUGGUCCCACUGGCCGACAGACAUAAAACAUAGUCAUAACGGAUACAGCGGAUAAGCAAAUUUCAGGGGUGGCUCCAAUCAAAUCACAGUGGACAAAUGCUCGAUGGAUGUAGAGCGUAUGAAACACAUAUGCAAAGAGUACACAACGGAUACAUAACUUUUUCCGAUGGAUGGCAAGAUUCUUUUCCGUUUUACAUCCUCUCUGCAUCCGUAAGUGCAGUGGGACCAAGCCUUAAUAUCAAAUCACAUCCUUUGCACAAUGAUUCAGUCAAUGAUUAUAUGCAAGGACCAAAUUUUAAAAAUACAUAAAAGAAGAUAAUUUAAUGAACUUCUUGGACAUCUGGUAAGGUUUAUUUACUUUUCCUUUUCUCCAUUCAACAAAUCGAUUGUCGAUGCCGGAGCUGAGCUGAGCUGUCUUAUUACUUGAUUGCUAAAUAACUGUAAAUUUUGGAUCAACAAUUUUGUCAAUAUGUGGGACAGAAAGUAGAUCAUAGCAUGGUGAUCUUAAAUGCAAAUCCUAUGGGUAGAGAUCUUCAAGCAAACAAAUAUGAAAAGCAUUACAAUUGUGAUUAAAUACAAGGAUUUUCUUUGAACCCGUGAAAUACCAAGCAUUUGAACUAACAAAAAUGUGUAUUUUCCAGACUACAUAUUUUGUCAUGUAGUAUGAAAUGGGAUAUGUGUGUGUAUAUACAUCUACCUGUACAGAUUUCCACUUUUAUAAGGAGUUGUAGUAUCGGUGAGGGGUAUUUAAAUGAAUGGAUUGUUUGAUUGCAUUCAAGGUAGAAUAUUUGCCAGUAAUGUACUAUAUAGGUGAGGGAAGAAGGAUUUUUUUGCGGGUAAGUUGUUGAGAAAAUAGUUGUUCAAAGAAAAUAAAAAUGUUAAAAAGUUUAAGGACCAACCACGCUUGCUCUCUCUCUCUAUCCCUCUGUGUCUGUCUGUCUGGCUCUGUCCAUCUCUCUGACUCUCUCUCUCCCCUCUUUCUCCAAAAUUCAGAGAGCGAUGCAUAGCCUUAGGGCCGACAAUCAGCAGGGCCCCGUCUUACAAAGAGUUAAGAUUGAUCCGAUCAAUCGUAACUCUAUGGAAAUCCAUCGAUAUCAUAAUUUUUUCUUUGAAAAAAAUGUGCACAAUGUCCUUUGUUUGCAAAGAGAAGCACAGUGAAUUUUCAAGAAAACAAUGAAUGCAUGAAUAUACUUCAUAGCUAGAAAAUACUUUGAACAAACAUGCAUAAUAAUAGAUGUUGACGUUGCUGGCCGUGGCUAGUUGCGAUUGAUCGGAUCAAUCGUAACUCUUUGUAAGACGGGGCCCUGAGAUGGCAACAGUAUGUGAGGUGGAAUCGGUACUCGAAAGAUAACAAUGUGUGUUUGAAUUGUAGUUUUGUAAAGAUAAUUUAUUGUUCAAGAAUAUACCUCUGAAUUAGUGUCACGUUUCUUUGUAUAUUUUCAAAGUGGAAUAUGAUAUAUAUAUUCUGCCUGAGUUGGUGUCUAAAUGUCCUGCACAGAUGCUAUAAAAGUCAUAUCAUUGCCAAACCACUAUGGCAUUUUUUUUUUCAGUUUCACCCUUUUUAUUUCAAGCUUAAAAAUUGCUUCUCUUCAAUACACCAGCAGAAAUUUUAAGUCAUCCUAAAGCCUUGCCCGUUAUGAUGCGACGAGGCUAAGCAGCUUCUUUCAUAGCGUUCAUGUACAUGUACAUUAUGGUGAGACAAAUCCCACGAUUUUAUGCUUUAAAAAAUGAUAAAUUAUGCUAAUAAAUAUAAAUCAUCUACUUCAAAUCUAGAAAAAAAAGGUAGUUGAAAGUAUUGCGUCCGAUGAGUAACUCUAGACAGAUUACUUUUGCGCUUUUAUUAAAAGAAUUUGGUUGGCCAUGAUCUACAUGUAUGCUCUCUAACGCAAACAAGAUGCAUUUGUUAACUGCAACCAGAUAGUACUUUUGAAUGUAGAUUUUUUCUCUCAGGAAUGCCGUUUGGCUAUUUGUAAUGUGAUCAUGUGACAGGUGCGAGCACCUGACAUGAAAAUGUAAUCGCCUGAUUUCUCCGUUUGGCACCAUAACAACAUUUGUUACUCAUUUUUGGUAUAUGCCUCAUUUUUUUAAACAAUUGGAAAAAGGAAUUGUUAUUUAUUAACAAAACCGUAAAAAAUUUCACUUGGAUCAUCUUUAUUUGUAAUAAUUCUUUUCUUAGCCAGAUUGCGUGCACAUGUAUGUAUGUGUUAAUGAAGAAGUGUGGAAAAGUAUGGAAUGCAGUUCAUGAAUUUCCAUCUUUGUUUACUUCUUCAUUUUCAUCCAUAUUGCAGUUCAACAAUGAUGAAUUGUCAUGUAGACAAUAUUGUGCCAAAGUUUUGUAGCUUUAUUUUCAUCUUACCUUAUAAAGUAAUCACUUUCUACCACUAUGAUGUUAAUUACAAUUAUCUAUAUAUGCAGUAAGGGUGGUGUUUUAUUGACCUGGGGCGGUUUUAACAAAGAGUUAAGUAUGACUGAGUGUCGCACUUGAAUGUCCAGUUGGGUGCCGUUUAAAACGCAUGACCGCAUUGGUCAAAUCAUGCGUAUUAAUCAAUAAGAUUGUGCGUUACAUAUAAUGUGCGCGUCAGCACUAAACAUGAUUUUAAGUCACACUUAACUUUUUGUGAAACACCCCCCCCCCUUGUUUUUAAGUUCAUGUGACUUUGCACACAACUUUACUCAUGACUGGUCACCCUUUCUCGUGCUUUAAUGAAGUUCUGAAUAACUUGUAUUCUCAUCAAGUAAAGUUGAAAUCCAAUCUUUAACAUAGAAACUUCACUUCCAUUAUACAUAAAGUGGGAAUUCUAGUCGUGUGUGCUUCUAAUUCUAAUUUUAUUAUUAUCAGUCUCUCAUAAAGUUAUGUGUAACUUACUAAGAGCUUUAUGAAAUGGCCCAGGCAUCAAUAUAUAAAAUAUACCAUUAAUAUUGCUUUACCUUUCAAUCGUAACUUCCCCAAAAUCUGAAUUUUCAUUGGAAAGUGAGUAAGGUUAAAAUAGUCGAUGCCAUUGAGUUAUAUUGAUCGUAAGUUUAUCAAAGCCGGAUUUCGUGUGUGAAUUCUCAAUCAUUUUCAGUGCUUGUUAUGAUUUUAUUAUAAAAAAUGAAAUCUCUCUGUUAAUGCUAACUUUUCUUUUGAUUUCUGAAGGCGUUUGAAAUCAAGAUAUAUUCUAAGGAUUUUAUAAAAAUUCCAACUCUGCAGUCAACUUGUUUUCAUUUGAAAUACCAAAUUAAUCCAGAAUGAAAAAAAAUGGAUUAAACUUUUAUAUGAAUAUUAUUUGAUGGCUGCAACACAAAUUAAUAUUCACAAUUUAAUGCUUUGUGGUUUCCUCUCAUGAAAACAAUAUUAUGAAAUAAAGUUGAAAAUAUACCUUGUCACUUGACUAUUCCAUUUCCUUCUGCAUAUUUUUCACAGAAAUCAGUACUCGUUUUCAUCCACUUAUCUCUGAUAUGUCAAAAUAUUUAUUGAAUGAACUCAUCAAACAUAUUGCAAUGAACUCUUUGUGAAAUGAACAAG